AUGGGUUUACUAGUCGGUACGGAUAGUAGUAUUUAUACUAGAAAGAUUCGGCAUAAACACAUCAUCACACUCUCAUUCCUUCUUCAAGCUUCGACUAAUCUACAACGAAGACUGAAGACCCGAAGAAACCUCAAGAGAUUCAACCAGCGAACAACGACCGGUACGAUCCCGUGUGGAACUCUCUCAGAGCAUCGCCACAAAUUGAUCGUACGGUCCAACGACGACGCCGAUUCCGGUCCACGGCGUUCAAGUGCCCCGACCAGCGAACGACGACAGGUACGAUCCCGUGUGCAACUCUCUCAGAGUAUCGCCACAAAUCGGUCGUACGGUCCAGCGGCAAUUCCAUAA